GCCAUUUUGUUGUCGCCGAGCGGCGAUUAGGAUCGUUGUUGAAAAACCUCUUCUUAUUGUGUGAAAAUAGUAAAUGCUUUAGUCAGAAAACCAGAUUUUGUGCAAGGAACUUGUGUUGAACUUAUAAACCAUGUCUUCGCGAUCUCGCAGGUCAAAGGAAACGCCAGAACAGGCCGAAGGAAGCAGCACAGACAUAGACGAUAUGGAAAAGGCAAAAUCCGAUCCCGACCCCACGGGAAGCGAUUGUGAUGCAAGAGCCCAGGCCCAGGGGACAAACGGUGACAGUUGUGAGUCUCCCGCAGUCGAGUGUGACAACACAGAUGAGGACCCUGACUGGGGAGAUCGCGACAAAGGGAAGAGGAGGAAGAAGGAGACGAGGAGAUCGGCACGAUCGAAGAAACGCAAGAUAGUUGAAGAAAGCGACGAGGAUGUUGUUGCUGCUGCCGCUGCACAGGAGGAUCCGGAUGGGCUGGAAAGCGAUGAGGAAGCGAAGCCAAAGAAGAGCUCACGGAGGACAAAAGCAGCACACAAGUCCGAUCAGGAGGACAAUGAGAGCGAAGAGGAGACGAAAGUCACGAAGAAGUCUAGAAAACACAAGGCUGCUUCCUCAUCGGGCAAGAAGACAUCGGCGGACCUGUGCGAGAGCUUCGGCCUCUCGAAGGUCGACCUCGAGUACACGGACGCCGACUUCAAGAACCUCACCAACUACAGGGUGUUCACAGAGAAUAUACGCCCCCUCCUGGCGGAAAACCAGAAACUUUCACCGAGCAAGAUGAAUCAGCUGCUACAGGCUUAUUGGCGGGAAUUCACCGAGCAGAACCCAUACAAAGAUGAGGUGGAGGAAUCCAUUGAGGAUGUUGACAUUGACGACCCGCCACGCCGGAGCUCAAGAGAUAAGAAGAAGAAGAAGAAGAAGGUGCCGCCAUUGAAGAUCAAGCUUGGCGGCGGCGGCGGCGGAGAGCGGCGAUCGAAAAAGCGCAAGAAGGCUGGAAGCUCGGAAGAGGACGAGUUUGAUCUAAAGGCGAAGAAUUCCGACGAGGAGUUUGAGCGGAUGCUCAUGUAUUCGGACAACGACGACGGGUCGCCUGGCUCCACGCAGCAGAAGUCGAAGAAGAAGAAGAAGAACGGCGGCAAGGGCGCGAAGAAGAGCAAGAAGAACAAGACGAAGACGACGUCGAGCUUCCCGGAGGAUCACGACGGAGACGCGGACGGAUACGAGACCGACCAUCAGGACUACCAUUGCGAGGUGUGGUUCAAGCAGGGAGGCGGAGAUCAUCCUCUGCGACAGCCUAGCCCGCGUCGUUCCACCUCGUCCUGCCUUGACCCCCCCGAGCUGGAGCAGGCCGCCCGAUGGGAAAAGUGGAGGCUGCCCUCACCUGUGUAA